CCACCGCGGAAGCCGCUAUUGGCGGAGGCCAGAAACCGCGACUGCUCACUUCCGGCGCGGGCCUCGACGAUCUCUCCCCCUCCCCGCGGUCGCCCUCAGCCUUCCCACCCCUCGCCCUUCCACCAUGGCCGCCUCUGUGUGGUGUGGGGAGAAGCUGGUCCUCCCUGUCCUCCUGUAGCGCUUACUGCCUCACCCGCACCCCGUAGGGGCCGGAUCCAAAGGAGCCUUGCUCCGCAACGCUUGGGGCACCAGGCAGGAAGGUCUCCUACCCCCUACUUCGGGGGCAGGACUCCUUUACCCUCUGGAGGCAGAAACUUAGGGUUUUCCCUCCUUCGCUUAGGGUCAGCAACCAGGAAGGGCUCCCCUCCUGCUUCUUGAGGGGCGGAGACCUUGCCUGCCCUUUCCACAGGGCACAGGCCCUGACCGCCAGACCUCUGAGCUAACGGCUUUCCCCCCACACUGCCCCUCCACAGGCAGGACUUAGAGGACCGUCGCCUGGGCCCCCGCUGCGGGCGCGGCCUGACGGCGAGGAGCGAGCAGUGGAGCGGACAGAGGCUCUUGCCCUCCCACCCCCGACCUGCUGCUCUUGCCCUCUGCCCCUGGCGACCCCGAGUUCCCCGUUUCUAGGACUUUCCACCCAUCCACUCCCUGACCUCUUCCCGACUCCUGGCUGCAGCCAUGGAGUUACAGAAGGGAAAGGGGGCAGCAGCAGCAGCUGCUUCGGGAGCAGCGGGAGGUGGAGGAGGAGGAGCGGGAGCAGGAGCCCCAGGAGGGGGGAGGCUGCUACUUUCAACCAGUUUGGAUGCCAAGGAUGAGUUAGAGGAGAGGUUGGAAAGAUGUAUGAGCAUUGUGACGUCGAUGACAACUGGUGUCUCCGAGAGAGAAGCCAAUGAUGCCCUCAACGCCUACGUAUGCAAAGGCCCCCCCCAGCAUGAGGAAAUCUGCCUGGGUCUCUUUACUCUUGUCCUUACCGAACCUACCCAAGCUCAGAAGUGCUACCGGGACUUGGCUCUGGUGAGUCGUGAUGGCAUGAAUAUUGUCCUGAAUAAAAUCAACCAGAUACUUAUGGAGAAGUACCUGAAGUUGCAGGAUACCUGCCGUACUCAGUUGGUGUGGUUGGUACGGGAACUGGUGAAGAGUGGGGUUCUGGGAGCCGAUGGUGUUUGCAUGACAUUUAUGAAGCAGAUUGCAGGUGGAGAUGUAACAGCAAAAAAUAUCUGGUUGGCAGAAAGUGUUCUGGAUAUCCUGACGGAGCAGAGGGAGUGGGUGCUGAAGAGCAGCAUCCUUAUCGCCAUGGCCGUUUACACAUACCUUCGCCUCAUCGUGGACCACCAUGGCACCGCCCAGCUCCAGGCCCUGCGGCAAAAGGAAGUGGACUUCUGCAUCUCACUGCUUCGGGAGCGGUUCAUGGAAUGUUUAAUGAUUGGCCGGGACCUUGUAAGACUACUGCAGAAUGUUGCUAGAAUACCAGAAUUUGAGCUGCUUUGGAAGGAUAUUAUCCAUAACCCCCAGGCCCUGAGUCCUCAGUUCACAGGUAUCCUACAGCUUCUUCAGUCAAGAACAUCUCGAAAAUUCCUAGCAUGCCGUCUAACCCCAGACAUGGAGACUAAGCUCCUCUUUAUGACAUCCCGGGUGCGGUUCGGUCAACAAAAGCGGUAUCAGGAUUGGUUCCAGCGCCAGUACCUGUCGACUCCAGAUAGUCAGUCCCUGCGCUGUGACCUCAUUCGCUACAUCUGUGGGGUAGUCCACCCUUCUAAUGAAGUGCUGAGUUCAGAUAUCUUGCCCCGAUGGGCCAUCAUUGGUUGGCUUCUGACGACAUGCACGUCUAAUGUUGCUGCUUCUAAUGCCAAGCUGGCUUUGUUUUACGACUGGCUGUUCUUUAGCCCAGACAAAGACAGCAUUAUGAACAUAGAACCAGCCAUCCUGGUCAUGCAUCACUCCAUGAAGCCCCACCCGGCCAUCACUGCCACACUCCUGGACUUCAUGUGCCGUAUCAUUCCCAACUUCUAUCCGCCGUUGGAGGGCCACGUGCGGCAGGGUGUCUUUUCCUCCCUCAACCACAUCGUGGAGAAGCGGGUCUUGGCACACUUGGCUCCCCUGUUUGACAACCCUAAACUGGACAAGGAACUGCGGGCAAUGCUGAGAGAGAAGUUUCCUGAGUUCUGCAGCUCACCGUCCCCCCCAGUGGAAGUCAAAAUUGAGGAGCCAGUUUCCAUGGAGAUGGACAACCAUCUGUCGGACAAGGACGAAGGUUGCUACGACAAUGCAGAGGCGGCUUUCAGCGAUGACGAGGAGGAGCUCAACAGCAAGGGAAAGAAGAGAGAGUUCCGCUUCCACCCUAUCAAGGAGACGGUGGUGGAGGAGCCGGUUGAUAUCACCCCUUACCUUGACCAGCUGGAUGAGUCCCUCAGGGACAAAGUGCUCCAGCUCCAGAAGGGGAGUGAUACGGAAGCCCAGUGUGAGGUCAUGCAGGAAAUCGUGGACCAGGUCCUGGAGGAAGACUUUGACUCGGAGCAGCUGUCUGUGCUGGCUUCCUGCCUGCAGGAGCUCUUCAAGGCCCACUUCCGCGGGGAGGUGCUGCCGGAGGAGAUCACAGAGGAGUCCCUGGAGGAGUCUGUCGGGAAACCUCUCUACCUGAUAUUCAGGAACCUGUGCCAGAUGCAGGAAGACAACAGCAGCUUCUCUCUGCUCCUGGACCUCCUCUCUGAGCUGUAUCAGAAGCAGCCCAAGAUCGGCUACCACCUGCUCUACUAUCUGAGGGCCAGCAAAGCCGCAGCAGGGAAGAUGAACCUGUACGAGUCGUUUGCUCAGGCCACACAGCUGGGCGACCUGCACACCUGCCUAAUGAUGGACAUGAAGGCUUGCCAGGAGGACGACGUGCGGUUGCUGUGCCACCUCACCCCUUCCAUCUACACAGAGUUUCCAGAUGAGACGUUGAGGAGUGGGGAGCUGCUGAACAUGAUCGUGGCUGUUAUCGACUCUGCCCAGCUCCAGGAGCUGGUCUGCCAUGUGAUGAUGGGGAACCUGGUCAUGUUUCGGAAAGACUCGGUCCUCAACAUACUCAUCCAAAGCCUAGACUGGGAAACCUUUGAGCAGUAUUGUGCCUGGCAGCUGUUCCUGGCCCACAACAUCCCCUUGGAGACCAUCAUCCCCAUCCUGCAGCACCUCAAGUAUAAAGAGCACCCAGAGGCCCUGUCCUGCCUGCUGCUCCAGCUCCGAAGAGAGAAGCCCAGCGAGGAGAUGGUGAAGAUGGUGCUGAGCCGGCCCUGCCACCCCGACGACCAGUUCACCACCAGCAUCCUGCGGCACUGGUGCAUGAAGCACGACGAGCUGCUGGCCGAGCACAUCAAGUCUCUGCUCAUCAAGAACAACAGCCUCCCCCGCAAGCGGCAGAGCCUGCGGAGCUCCAGCAGCAAACUGGCCCAGCUGACACUGGAGCAGAUCCUGGAGCACUUGGACAGCCUGCGACUCAACCUGACGAACACCAAGCAGAACUUUUUUAGCCAGACCCCAAUUCUCCAGGCGCUGCAGCACGUCCAGGCGAGCUGUGAUGAAGCCCACAAGAUGAAGUUCAGCGACCUCUUCUCCCUGGCCGAGGAAUACGAGGACUCCUCGGCCAAGCCGCCCAAGAGUCGGAGGAAAGCAGCUCUGUCCAGCCCUCGGAGCCGGAAGAACGCCACACAGCCGCCCAACGCCGAGGAGGAGUCAGCCUCCAGCAGCGCUUCGGAGGAGGAAGACACGAAGCCAAAGCCCACCAAGCGGAAACGGAAAGGGUCCUCUGCAGUGGGUUCUGACAGUGACUGAGGCCCUGUGUUGCCCGCCCUUACCCCAGUUGGACUGCCCCCUCUUGGUGAAGCAGAGGUUAAUAGGGGCCAGGAGGUGGCCAGGGUAGCCCCUGUCCCCACCCCGAAGCCCUGCCUGGCGGGGGUGAGCUGCGAUGCGGCCUGGCCCCUCCCGUCCUCCCACGGUCAGCGAAGCUGGAGGCUGCCCCCUGCCCCCCCACCUCCCAAAGCUGCGGUGAGAGAAGAGGCUCGCGUGGCUCCUGCUUCCCCAUUCAGGUCUCGGUUUGCUCUGAACAGACCCGAGUCACUGUCUGCACGCCAGUAUGACCUGGGUGUCUGGUGUGACGGGGCCAGGCGGCCCAUCGUCACCAGGGGCACAUGCCACCAGCAUGCAGGACGGAAGCCCACAGGGAGGCUGCCACCCCACGUGGCACACCCUGGGGCUGGGGUUGGCACCUCAGAAGCCGAGCCAGAGCCCAGGGGAGUCCCAGAGGCGCGUUCCCCAGAACCCUCAAAUGGCCCAUUUCCCUGGUUCGGUUCUGGGUUUUUUUUUUUUUUUUUUUCCUUUUGGCAGAGAUAAUCGUGUUUUAAAAGUUGUUUUUAAAUGACAAUAAAACAAGCCAGAACGUC